UCCCCAUUUUCUCAUGCACCAUAACCAAACCUCCCACUUCAGCUCUGGGCAUCUUUCUUUUUUUUUUUAUAUACACAGAUUCACUCACAAACAAAACCUAUUUCAUUCAUCAAGAAACACAUACAUAUAUUUGAGUAAUAGCUUAUUUUCAAGAAGACAAAAGACAGGAACCCCCCACCCCACACCACACCACCACCAGAAUAUAUAUAUAUAUAUAUAUGUAUGUAUGUAUGUAUGUGUUGCUUGGAGACUCUGAAUGAGUGAUGGGUUCAAUGUGGAAAGUAUUAAAAAUCAAAACUUUGGUGUUGGUAGUCUUGUUUUCGUUGGCUUGCUCUUCGGUUAGAGCCACUGUUUCAUAUGAUGACAAAGCCUUCAUCAUCAAUGGGAAGAGAAGGAUUCUCAUUUCUGGGUCCAUUCACUACCCAAGAAGCACUCCUGAGAUGUGGCCUGAUCUUAUACAGAAGGCUAAAGAUGGAGGCUUAGAUGUUAUACAGACUUAUGUGUUUUGGAAUGGGCAUGAGGCAUCUCCUGGAAAAUAUAAUUUUGAGGGGCGGUUUGAUCUUGUCAAGUUCAUCAAACUGGUACAGCAGGCUGGCCUUUAUGUUCAUCUCCGCAUUGGGCCCUAUGUUUGUGCAGAAUGGAAUUUUGGGGGAUUCCCAGUUUGGCUAAAAUAUGUACCAGGAAUAGAGUUCAGAACAGACAAUCAGCCUUUCAAGGUGGCAAUGCAAGGGUUUGUUGAAAAAAUCGUCAACAUGAUGAAGUCGGAAAAGUUGUUCGAGUCACAGGGAGGACCGAUCAUUAUGUCACAGAUAGAAAAUGAAUACGGACCGGUGGAGUGGGAAAUUGGUGCUCCUGGGAAAGCUUACACAGCUUGGGCUGCAAAAAUGGCUGUUGGACUUAACACUGGUGUUCCAUGGAUCAUGUGCAAACAAGAAACUGCCCCUGAUCCCAUCAUAGAUACAUGCAAUGGUUUCUAUUGCGAAGGCUUCCGUCCAAACAAGCCCUGGAAACCAAAAAUGUGGACUGAAGUCUGGACCGGCUGGUACACGCAAUAUGGUGGCCCGGUUCCUCGCAGACCUGCUGAAGACUUGGCUUUUGCAAUAGCCAGGUUUGUCCAGAAUAAUGGUUCGUUCUUCAAUUAUUACAUGUACCACGGAGGAACCAACUUUGGUCGGACGGCAGCUGGGCUUUUUAUUGCCACCAGCUAUGAUUAUGAUGCUCCAUUAGAUGAAUAUGGGCUUCCAAAUGAGCCGAAAUACGGGCACUUGACUAAUUUACACAAAGCAAUUAAGCAAUGUGAACCAGCUUUAGUUUCAUCGUAUCCCACCAUCACUUGGCCUGGUAAAAAUCAAGAGGUUCACGUCUUCAGAUCAAAAUCGGGGGCUUGUGCUGCAUUUCUUUCCAACUAUGAUCCCACGUAUUCCACGAAAUUGACAUUUCAGAAUAGGCAAUACGAAUUGCCUCCUUGGUCAAUCAGCAUUCUGCCCGACUGCAAAACGGAAGUAUACAACACUGCCCGAAUUAGCUCCAAAGGCUCAACGGCAAAGAUGGUACCCGUGAGUGGUGGAUUGUCUUGGCAGUCGUAUAGUGAGGAGACACCUUCCGCUGAUGACCGUGACACACUUGCAAUGCAAGGUCUAUGGGAGCAAGUCAAUGUUACCAGAGACUCCUCUGAUUAUUUAUGGUACCUUACUCAAGUUAAUAUAGCUCCUAAUGAGGGAUUUCUGAAGAGUGGGCAAUGGCCUGUUCUCACAGCCAUGUCUGCAGGGCAUGCCUUGCAUGUUUUCGUCAAUGGCAAGUUAUCAGGAACUGUGUAUGGGGGCCUGGAUAAUCCCAAACUGACAUAUACCGGCUAUGUGAAUCUAAGAGCCGGAGUUAACAAAAUCUCUUUACUGAGCGUUGCUGUGGGGCUUCCGAAUGUUGGCUUGCACUAUGAGAGGUGGAACGCAGGAGUUCUUGGGCCCGUGACCUUAAAGGGUCUCAAUGAGGGGACUAGAGACUUGACAAAGCAGAGUUGGUCAUACAAGGUUGGCCUGAAAGGCGAAGCACUCACCCUUGAUAAUGUCACUGGAAGUUCGUCAGUGGAAUGGGUCGAGGGAUCCCUCUUGGCUCAAAAGCAACCUCUAACGUGGUACAAGACUACAUUUAAUGCACCACAAGGGAACGACCCGGUGGCGUUGGACAUGAUCAGCAUGGGAAAAGGUGAAAUAUGGGUUAACGGUGAAAGCAUAGGCAGACACUGGCCAGGAUACACAGCAAAAGGCAGCUGCGGUGGCUGUAACUAUGCAGGCACAUUCACAGAGAAGAAAUGCCAAAGCGGCUGCGGCCAGCCCUCUCAAAGAUGGUAUCAUAUCCCACGUUCAUGGCUGAAACCAAGUGGGAACCUGUUAGUAGUGUUUGAGGAGUGGGGCGGCGACCCGACUAAAAUUUCUCUGGUUACAAGAACAGCAUAACAAAGCAUGCAGAAAACAUCAGCAUAUUAGCUACUGAAUAAAUACACACCGGACAGCUUUCCGAUCAAGGAGUUUUAUACCUUUGGAAGGAACUUCUGUUCAAGAUUUACACAUAGUUGAAGAAAGUUCGACAAGCCCGCUAAUUGAUUUCUGCGGAUAAAUACUUGUACAGUCAUAUAAUACUCCAGUCAGGAAUAUAGAAAAUGCAAUUGCAUAAAAGUAGAAGGCAUCUCUGUAUUUGGAAGUAGUUUGCUGUGAAAGAUGAAAGUAUUUGCUAUCCAAAGUGUUAUUGUGAAAGUUAUUGUCCUCAGAAAUCAGUUCUUUUUACAUGAA